AUGCACGCAGCCGCAGUCCUGAAGGCAAGUGGCGCAGAGAAGAAUUUGUUGGGUGUUUUCGGUGGAGACGAUGGGGCAGGCUUCCUCUCCUCCUGUGAAGUCUAUGACGUCAUUCGGGACAGGUGA